ACUGCCGCCGGAGAAAAAUCCUCGUAAUCAUCGAAGACAAAUAUAUUUCUGCCUUGUUCUUCUUCUUCUUCAAUGGGUUUGCUUCCCUUUGCACAUCAAAACCCAGCUUAAACCCGCGGAACCAAAACCCUAAUUUUGAUUUGAAAACCCUAUUGAUUUAAUUCACUUGCAAUCGAAGAAAAGCGGCAAAAUUCAAUGUCGUCCUUCAAUUUGUUAACGGCGAUCACCCCAAAAUCUGUAUCCAACCCUAACUCAAUCUCGUUCAUUUCUCAGCUGAACCAGUUUCCCCCAAUUCUCGAAUCUUCGACCCGAAACGGAAUCCGCGAGCUCCGUCCGAUCCGUAACGGAAUCCGUGAACUCCGUGAAAGAAUUGAAUCAGUAAAGAAGACGCAAAAGGUAACGGAGGCGAUGAAGCUAGUGGCAGCAGCUAAGGUGCGCAGAGCCCAAGAAGCAGUAAUUAACGGCAGACCGUUCGCCGAAACCCUAGUCGAAGUUCUCUUCGACAUAAACGAACAGUGUCGAUUGGACGACGUAGAAACUCCGUUAACAGCCGUUAGGCCCGUCAAGAGAGUCGCCCUGAUAGUGAUCACAGCUGACAGAGGACUCUGCGGCGGCUUCAACAACGCAAUACUGAAAAAAGCCGAGUCCCGAAUUGCCGAAUUGAAGAAUCUCGGAUUGGAUUACACUCUCAUCAGCGUCGGCAAGAAGGGCAACGGGUAUUUUCGAAGAAGGCCCGAAAUAAACGUGGAUAAAUUUGUCGAAGGCGAUAGCUUCCCCACUUCGAAAGAAGCGCAAGUAAUCGCGGACGAUGUUUUUUCGCUCUUUCUAUGUGAGGAGGUCGAUAAAGUCGAGCUUUUGUACACAAAGUUCGUUUCUUUAAUUAAAUCGAACCCUGUGAUCCACACUUUGCUUCCUUUGUCCGCAAAGGGAGGAGUUUGCGAUGUGAAUGGGAAUAGUGUCGACGCAAGCAACGACGAGUUCUUUAGGCUAACGACUAAAGAAGGGAAAUUGAGCGUCGAGAGGGGUUCGAUUAAUAAGUCGCCGAAAAUGUUGCCUAAUUACGAGUUCGAGCAGGACCCGGCGCAGAUUCUUGAUGCUUUAAUGCCGCUUUAUUUGAAUAGCCAGAUUUUGAGGGCUCUGCAGGAAUCGUACGCGAGUGAGCUGGCGUCUAGAAUGAAUUCGAUGAGUAGUGCAACGGAUAAUGCUGUGGAGUUGCAACGGAAUCUUUCGACCGCUUAUAAUCGGGAAAGGCAGGCGAAGAUCACAGGUGAGAUACUAGAGAUUGUUGCUGGAGCUGAGUCUCUUAGGGUUUUGUAAUUGGAUUUUCGUUUCCUAAUUCGAUCUAUAUUCCGGUUUCAAAAUUCGAAUUGUUUGUUGAAGCGGUAGCACUCGAUAACUUGUAUCGAGUAAUUUUGAAACUGAAAAGUUGGGUCUUUUGUUUAAUAAGAGAAAUUGUUGUGAUUGAUGGCUAAUUAGAUACAGAAAAAAUAUUAUUUAAA